GAUGGUAUAAUUUUUUCGAUCCUAGUGUGUGAAUUAGUCUCUCCAUGACGAUGUUGAGGAAAGAACAGCCGACAGAGUUUAUCCUUAUAUAAUCAUCACCCUCAUAUGUCUCUCUUGAAGACACGUACAAUUCCCACAAAUCUAAAAUCCAACCUUCAAACAUGAUGGAAGUCAAGAAUAAUGCCCACAUGGCACACUUGAACGAGAUUCGCAGGGCAUUUUUGCAUCGUUUUAUGAGCGCUCCCACCAUCGGUCCAAAACAAAUCAAGGAUUUCGAAGAAACGGUAGAGAAACUACCUCUCGUGCGCUAUUACGGAGGUUUACCGGAAAUGGACAGCCCUUGGUAUCCCUUUCUAUUCGCAGUUUCUAAUGGAAGAAUCGUCCAUAAACCACCUCAUGCUCUUGAACGUCUCGGGCUUCUAAUACGCAAAACACAAUAUUUGGUUCGAGUAGAGGUUAGCUUCUGGGUCAUAUUCCUAGUUGAGUCCAUUGACAAUGAUGGCCGUCUGAUUUUUGUAGAGAUUGACCGACACUUUUUACGUCCGUUGGAAAGCGCAGUGUUGCCGGAAUGGCUUCAGGGUAUGUUUUUUCCUAAUGCUGGGAAGGAGUUGGAGUGGAUUUGUGAUGAUUUUGGACAAAAGUCACAUUUUAAAUGUAGUCCUUGGUCCAGGGCAUUAACAUCUUGGUGGUAAUUGUAUCGGUCUAUCAAGAGAAAAGUUAUCGGACGGAAGUUCAUUUCGAAAAGGAAAAUCUGGGAAGUGAUAGUAAUUUGGAUGGAUGAGUUAUGAUUGGCGGUACAUAAUCUAAAGAAUUCAUACUACUAUGAGGCUCCAGGUAAUGGAAAUGUAAUUUUAGGUCUACUCAAAAAGUCUCCCA